AUGAUUAUCUAUCUAUCUAUCUAUCUAUCUAUCUAUCUAUCUAUCUAUCCCACUUUUUUACUUCUUAUCUAUCUAUCUAUCUAUCUAUCUAUCUAUCUAUCUAUCUAUCAGUCUUUCUGUGUUAAUAUCUAUCUAUCUAUCUAUCUAUCUAUCUAUCUAUCUAUCUAUCAGUUUUUUCACUUUGUUCACAUCUAUUUUAUUCUUCAUAUCUAUCUAUCUAUCUAUCUAUCUAUCUAUCUAUCUAUCUAUCUAUCUAUCUCAGUCCGUUCCUCUCAGUCCGUUCUAUCUAUCUAUCUAUCUAUCUAUCUAUCUAUCUAUCACAGUCUGUUCAUAUCUAUCUAUUUAUCUAUUAACUAUCUAUCACAGUCUGUUCAUAUCUAUCUAUCUAUCUAUCUAUCUAUCUAUCUAUCUAUCUAUCAGUCUUUCUUUGUUAUUAUCUAUCGGUCUAUCUAUUUAUCUAUCAGUUUUUCACUUUUUUCACAUCUAUUUUAUUCUUCAUAUCUAUCUAUCUAUCUAUCUAUCUAUCUAUCUAUCUAUCUAUCUGUCGUAGUCUAUUCGUUUCUAUCUAUCUAUUUAUUUAUCGUUGUCUCUUCGUUUCUAUCUAUCGCAGUUUAUUCGUUUCUAUCUAUCUAUCUAUCUAUCUAUCUAUCUAUCUAUCUAUCUAUCUAUCUAUCUAUCUAUCUAUUUUUCUUUCUUUUAUUCUUUUUCUUUCUUUCUUUUUUCUUUCUUUUUUUCUUUCUUUCUUUUUCUCUCUUUUCUGUUCAUUUCUAUCUAUCUAUCUAUCUAUCUAUCUAUCUAUCUAUCUAUCUAUCUAUCUAUCUAUCUCAGUCUGUUCAUUUCUAUCUAUCUAUCUAUCUAUCUAUCUAUCUAUCUAUCACUUCUGUUAAUUAUCUAUCUAUGUAUCAAUCUAUCUGUUCAUAUCUUUCUGUUCAUAUUUAUCUCAGUCUGUUCAUAUCUAUCUAUCUAUCUAUCUAUCUAUCUAUCUAUCUAUCUAUCUAUCUAUCUAUCUGUUCAUAUCUAUUUACCUAUCUAUCUUUCUAUCUGGAUGUGUAG